CGGGCCGGGAAGUGAUCUCAGGCGCACAGGAAAUCCCGCCCGCCCGCGCCGCGGCCUGUGUUUGUGCUGCGGCGGAGAGAAAGGGAGCGGAGCGGAGCGCCUGCCGCGGCCCAGCCGAGCCUGCCGCACGCGAGGGGGCGACGCCAUGUCUGACCAGGAAGCAAAACCUUCAGCGGAGGACUUAGGAGAUAAGAAAGAGGGAGAAUACAUUAAACUCAAAGUCAUUGGGCAGGACAGCAGUGAAAUUCACUUCAAGGUGAAAAUGACGACACACCUCAAGAAACUCAAAGAAUCAUACUGUCAAAGACAGGGUGUUCCAAUGAAUUCACUCAGGUUCCUCUUCGAGGGUCAGAGAAUUACUGAUAAUCAUACCCCCAAGGAGCUGGGGAUGGAGGAGGAAGAUGUGAUUGAAGUUUAUCAGGAACAGACGGGGGGUCACUCAACAGUUUAGAUCCUUCUGUUUGUUUUCUUUCCCCUUAAUCCUUUUUUAUUUUUAAAUAAUAGUUCUUUUGUAAUGUGGUGUUCAACACUGAAUUGAAACUGGCACCCCAUCUCUGGGAGUUUAUUUUCAAGCGUCUGGUAUUUUGAAUUCUCGUGCUCAUUAUACACUAUUGUUUCUGUUUUCAUUGUGCUGAACUUUUGUGAUCCAGCUGCAGCCCUGCUCCCUUUUUUCCCUUCCGCCCUCCCCUUUAGAAAUACAUGUACACACAUGCAUUUGUAUGUUCACUAGGUUCGUGCAUUUCGGGCACGAAGGUUGUAAGAUCUGCCAGGUGGGCAAGUGUUCUUAAUGACUUCCAUAUCGGCCCUGAAGUUUUGAUGUGUGACUGUUUCACUCCUGGACUAUAACUUUCAGUGCGAGAUGAAGUUUUUCAGAGAACUAAACUAUGGAGAAAUUGUGUAUCCAUAACUCAGAGCUAUUUUGCUUAAAUUGUGCUGAUGGCCCAGCGAAGAAGAUUACCAAGUUGGAAAUGGAAAAGCUAGAACUGUUGUCAUCUGUACUUUGCUCCAGAGAUGGCUUUGCUGAAGACAUAAAAUUGAAAACCCUAAUGAUUCUUAAAUCUUGCCAGAAGAGCCCAGAAGCAUUCUAACUUCAUAUAGCAAUUAGUACACACAGGUAUUCAUGCAAGAAUGUUCACAGCAGACAACUGGUGUUACUUUGACACUCUUGUUUGUACCUUUUGGCCUGGGACGUGGGUUUUGAAUGGACAUUGUCUGUACCAGCUUCAUUAAAAUAAACAAGAAAAACGAUUUUAUAAACAAUAA